AUGCCACGGGAGAUCAUGCUAUGUUCGGCUACGAAAAAAACAAACAACACCGAGAUCAAGGACUGGCCGGUCUAUGGGUGGAACUACGACCUCCUGAUUGGGGGCCUGUAUCCUGAUCAACUGCCAGAAUGGGACUAUGACCUGCACGGCUUGACUCUCGAGCUCGCGUUCCCCGUUACCAUGGCCAAUAAGAUGUUGAAGCGCGUCCGCACGCUAUUUGACGCCGAGCUUUCCAAAGGGAUCAUCAUGACAUCGACAUAUCGCAGCGGAAUCAACAUCAAGUUCACGUCUCCCCUCCGUCGUCCUUACUACGACCUCCUCGGCCAGGUUACCUAUAAUACGUCCGAUGGCGCGGACUGGGGCAAGGGAGCCAUUAUGUUUAAACUUCCCCUCAUACCGGUCAUCGAUUGGCAACCAUAA